CUGAGAAGUAAACUCCCUGCUGGGGCCGCCCGAGUCACUGCCAUGCAGCGGCCUUUCAAUUACCCAUAUCCCCAAAUCUACUGGGUGGACAGCAGUGCCACUUCUCCCUGGGACCCUCCAGGCUCAGUUCUCCCCUGUCCGACCUCUGUGCCCGCAAGACCUGGUCAAAGGAGACCACCGCCGCCGCCACCACAACCGCCACCACCACCACCACCACCACCACCGCUGCCCCCAUUGCCCCUGCCACCCGUGAAGAAGAAGAGGCAACAGAGCACAGGCCUCUGUCUCCUCGUGGUGUUUUUCAUGGUUCUGGCAGCCCUGGUUGGAUUGGGGAUGGGGAUGUUUCAGCUCUACCACCUGCAGAAGGAGCUGGCCGAGCUCCGAGAGGCACCCCCAGUCCACCUUCUGAUAAAAAGGAGCUGAAGAAAGUGGCCCAUUUAACAGGCAAGCCCAGCUCAAAGUCCCUGCCUCUGGAAUGGGAAGACACCUAUGGAAUUGCCCUGCUCUCUGGAGUGAAGUAUAAAAAGGGUGCCCUUGUAAUCAAUGACACUGGGCUGUAUUUUGUGUACUCCAAAGUAUACUUCCGGGGUCCAUCUUGCAACAACCAGCCCCUGAGCCACAAAGUCUACGUGAGGAACGCUAAGUAUCCCCAGGACCUGGUGAUAAUGGAUGGGAAGAUUAUGGACUACUGUACUGCAGGGCAGAUGUGGGCCCGCAGCAGCUACCUGGGGGCAGUGUUCAAUCUCACCAGUGCCGAUCGUGUAUAUGUCAAUGUGUCUGAGAUCUCCCUGGUCAAUUUUGAGGAAUCUAGGACAUUUUUUGGCCUAUAUAAACUCUAAGAAAAGCAUUUAGGGAUUUUUUUUUUCCUAUUACAGUUCCUUACUACAGGUGCUGAAGAUGUUGUCUUGAAUAAGGGUCUUUUUAAGCCCUCUUGAGAUCAAGUAAGAAGAUAUGAAGCAAGAGGGCCUUGGGACCACAGGGUUCAGCAG